AUGGCUCCACAGUCAAAACAAUUUACACACAGCACCACCGAAAGGCGGUCGUCUGUCAUCCACUCCAACGGUAUCAUCAAGCCUGGGUUUUUCAGCCCGGUAGACUAUUUGACUCCUGAGGAGGCUACAGUCGAUGAUAUCGGACCUCUGGAGGAUGAUGAAAACAGAAACCAGAGAGGCUCGGACUCGGAGCUGUCUCGUAAAUCGCUGAAAUCGAUCAACCGGCGCUCAUAUGGUGCUACAGGGGGCCAAGGAGCAGGUGAACACCAGAAGGCGGCUCACAGAGGGUCACGAAACUCGUAUACGCGGGAUCUGCUUGAGGAAGAACGGGACCUGCUGGUAGACAACAAACUACUGACGGAUGAUGCCGAGCUUACUGAUGUUCCAGAGGAAGAACAAGAACAGCGAAUCAUGGAGACGUGGGAAACAGCUAUCGAGUCGGGGAAAACAAUCACCACCACUUACCGUCGAGAGUGCCAGGUUUUGCUCAAAAACGCUUUCCCUCUAGUCUUUACCUUCGUUUUGCAAAACUCGCUGUCGUUAGCGUCUGUUUUCACCACCUCGCAUCUAGGUAUCAAAGAACUUGGUGGGAUAACCUUGGGUUCUAUGACCGCUAAUAUUUUUGGGUUCGCUGCCAUUCAGGGUCUCUGCACCUGUCUAGAUACGCUCUGUUCUCAGGCUUAUGGGGCCGGCAACAAGCACCUGGUCGGAAUAUUGCUGCAGAGAUGUGCCAUAAUCACGCUGAUCUUUUUCACGCCAGUGCUAUGCGUGUGGUGGUUUUUUUCUGAAUCUAUUUUGGCCGUGUUUAUUCCCGAGCGUGAGUUAUGCAGACUGGCUGCAAACUACCUGAAAAUAGUAUCGAUCGGUGUUCCUGGGUUUAUCUUCUUUGAAUGUGGUAAGAGGUUUUUGCAAUGUCAAGGCAUCUUUCAUGCUUCAACAAUUGUGCUGUUAUUCUGUGCCCCCUUCAAUGCCAUUAUGAACUAUAUCCUUGUUCUAGACAAAAGGCUGGGAAUAGGAUAUAUUGGUGCCCCUAUCAGUGUAGCUCUUAAUUACUGGCUGAUGGCACUGGGAUUGAUGGCGUACACCGCGUUUACAAAGCACAAAGUGGAACCACGCUCGUGCUGGGGAGGUUUUAUCAAACCUGAUCAAGUUUUUAAGAACUGGCGCAAGAUGUUUGGGUUAGCUUUGCCAGGAGUCAUCAUGGUCGAAGCUGAAUUUCUAGGAUUUGAACUACUGACCAUAUUUGCGUCGCAUUUGGGUACAAAUGAACUGGGGGCGCAGUCAAUCAUAUCCACCGUUGCAUCUUUGGCAUAUCAAGUCCCAUUUUCUAUCUCCAUCUCCACCAGUACUCGUGUCGCGAACUUUAUCGGAGCUUCCAUGUACAAAAACUGCAUUGUCACCUGCAAAGUGUCGUUACUAUUGUCGUUUGCUGCCAGUUUGCUAAAUUUAACCACCAUAUACUCUCUCAGAUUCCACAUCGCCAGAGCUUUUUCGAAGGAUGCUGAUGUAGUUUCUUUGGUUGUGAGCAUCUUACCGCUACUCGCAUUCAUGCAGAUUUUCGAUGCAUUCAAUGCAUGCACAGCCGGUUGCUUAAGAGGUCAAGGCCAACAAAAAAUUGGCGGUUACAUCAACGUCCUUGCAUUUUACUGCAUCGGUAUUCCCAUGUCCUAUUUUUUGACUUUCAACUGCAAAUUAGGAAUGGCAGGUUUAUGGUACGGCAUUAUCAGUGCUCUUAUCUUUAUGAGCAUUUGUCAAAGUUACGCCGUCUUUUCUUGCAAUUGGGGCGAGAUUAUCAAGGCGGCCAAAUCUAGAAAUGCUGAACACGAUAGGGUCUAA